UGCGUGCGAGGCGCGCUCAGAGAGACUCACAACAGUGAGGCGGAGCUGGGAAUGGAUCAGCUACUGAAGCCUUACCUAACUCAAUACCUCCGCACACUCGCCUACAAUAUCAGGACAUUCCCUGGCAGAUAAAGCGUCUUUGUUAAAACUAGCCAUCUGUAUGGUGAAGAGGAGGAUCGAGAGGUUUGUGACGAAUCGUUUCGGACUCCGUGUCAGGUCAGGUUGUAGCACAGCACAAAGCCGGCGGAGUGUCUUUGGAGCGGGCGGUGAGAUCAGCCCAGCCCCCCACCUACAUACAACACACACACCGAACCGGCCUGCUGAUCUUAGCCUGUUGCUGCUGCUGUGUGUAUGAUCCCAUCGCAACGUUAACUCUCUCGUGUCUCACGUAUCUCUCAGACACACACGUCUGUAAGUAACUUGGAGUUGUUUUGUUGUUGUUUAAAGGUUAGCUUGUGUGUUUUGUAUGGACUACCGCGCUGGCUAAUCAGUUAGCUGUAGCACAUCGUCGCGCGUGUGGAAGACUCACGGGUACGAUGCUGUUUGAUCGUAAGACCCAUUUGUAUUAACAUUAGUCACGACCUGUUAUACAAAAGGUCCUGAAUAAAUUACUUUCCGAUUUUCAGAUCUGCUCGUCUUUGUUAAAAGUAAACACACGGCUAAGUGAAGUCUGUGCGGCAUAAUCUCAUUUAACUUAACGUUAGUUCAGUGAGGAAGUGUUUAUGGUUCUCUCUAGUUGCAGAACUGUAUGCCACACAGAAAAUGUGUGUGUUAUUGCGUAUAUUUGACUUACUUUUAAUCAAACUGCCCGUCACUUGAGUCGUUAUUGUUAAACUGUGAGCUUGCUGAGUAAUUCGGCUUUGUGUAUGAGAGAGAUUUUGCACUCAUUGACUGGAGUGACCAUCUGGAUGUCCCCUACCGUCAUUGGAGUUAUUGGACAUUUGCUGGAUAACAAAUACGGACGCUUUUAUUUGCCUGUUUCUGGCGGAUAAAGUCCAGGGACUGCUUUACAAAUUGGCCGCACCAUCAUUUGGCUGCUCGAGUGAGUCCCCGAUGCGGAGGGGCUGAGUGUGCCGGGGACAUGCUGAAGUGUAUCCCGCUGUGGCGGUGUAACCGUCACGUUGAGUCCGUGGAUAAGCGGCACUGCUCACUCGCUGCGGUGCCGGAUGAGAUCUACCGCUACAACCGCAGUCUGGAGGAGCUGCUUCUGGAUGCUAACCAGCUUAGAGAUCUGCCUAAGCCUUUCUUCAGACUGUCCAAUCUGCGAAAGCUGGGCUUAAGUGACAAUGAGAUUCAGAAACUACCACCUGACGUGGCCAACUUCACUCAGCUGGUGGACCUGGACAUUUCUAAAAAUGAUAUUACAGAGAUCCCUGAGAACAUUAAAUUCUGUCAGGCCUUGCAGACUGUCGACUUCAGCGGAAACCCAUUGUCAAGGUUGCCUGAUGGUUUUGCACAACUCAGAGGACUGACUCACUUAUCACUCAAUGAUGUGUCACUGCAGUCUCUACCCAAUGACAUCGGAAAUUUGUCCAACCUUUUGACUCUUGAGCUGAGAGAAAAUCUACUGAAAUCUAUACCCACCUCUCUUUCCUUCCUGGUUAAACUGGAACAGCUGGAUCUGGGCAGAAAUGUACUGGAAGUUUUGCCUGAAACACUUGGGGCACUGCCCAAUCUUCGUGAGCUUUGGUUGGACGGAAACCAGCUCUCCUCGCUACCUCAUGAGCUGGGGAACCUGCGGCAGCUGGUUUGCUUGGACGUGUCUGAGAACCGUCUAUCAGAGCUUCCCACAGAGAUCAGCGGCCUUAUUGCCCUCACAGACCUGCUGCUCUAUGAGAACGUUCUGGAAGGCUUGCCGGACAGCAUUAGCUCGCUUAAGAAGUUGUCUAUUUUGAAAGUGAACCAGAACCGCAUGGUUCAUCUCACAGACUCGAUUGGGGAGUGUGAAAACCUGACAGAACUCAUGUUGACUGAGAAUCUACUACAGUCUCUGCCUCGCUCUCUUGGGAAGCUUAAAAGGUUGACCAACUUAAAUGUGGACCGAAACCGUUUAAGCAGCGUGCCCGCUGAGCUGGGAGGAUGUGUCGGUCUGAAUGUGCUCUCUCUCAGAGAUAACCGAUUGGGUAAACUACCUGCUGAGCUCGGCAAUGCCACUGAAUUACACGUGCUGGAUGUGGCAGGCAACAGGCUGCAGAACUUGCCGUUCGCAUUAGCUAACCUAAACCUGAAGGCCAUGUGGCUGGCAGAAAACCAGUCUCAGCCCAUGCUGAAGUUCCAGACAGAGGAUGAUGAGCGGACUGGAGAAAAAGUUCUCACUUGUUACUUGCUUCCCCAGCAGCCUUCAUCCAGUCUCGAGAAUUUGCUUGAACGGAGUGUUGAUGAGACCUGGCCAACAGACACAAAUCUGAAUCGCGUAUCAGUCAUUCAGUUCAGGGAUGAUGCUAAAAAUGAAGAGGAAGAUGAUGAGGCAGCAGAGAAGAGGCAGGGUCUUCAGAGGAGAGCCACGCCACAUCCCAGCGAGUUGAAGGUGAUGAAGAACGUAAUUGAAGCCAGAAGAAAUGAGCCUUACAUAGCCAAGCCAGACGGAGAGCUGGGGUCCCCAGAAUCUGAGGAAAAGCGGUUAAGUGGGCUGUCCAAUCAAAGUCAUGAUUCUCAGGCAUCCAGUAGCACUGCCUCAGCAACUUCUCAGGAUGAGAGGCGGGGAGUGAACAGUACAGGGAUGGUGCCCAAUCAUGGACAUGGUCAAGAGGAGGAGGAGCUUGAUGAGAUGGAGGUGGAAUAUACUGAGCCCACUGUGCACUUUGCUGAAGAGCCCAUCAUCCGUGGUGGCGAUGAUGAAGACGACGAUGACAACGAAGUUGAUGAAUACGAUGGGAGCGAUGAGGACUCUCGAACGCCUCCCCACCCUGCCGAGAAACAGCGGCUUAUACGUAAAGACACGCCACACUACAAAAAGCACUUCAAGAUCACCAAGCUGCCCAAGCCAGAGGCUGUUGCCGCCCUGCUGCAAGGUUUCAGCCAUGACGGCCUCUCACCUUCUGCUCACACUCCUGAGGAAGAGAGAGAUGAUGAGGAGGACGAAGAAGUGGAGGACGAUGGAGUAACAGGCAGUACUCCAUUUCAGCACAGACUAGAAACAGCUGAACUAGAAGACAGCAGGCUGAGUCAUAUGAACUCGUCUUUGCAGCCUGUGAAGGGGGUGUCAUUUGAUCAAGUCAAUAAUCUGCUGAUUGAGCCUGCUCGAAUUGAGGAGGAAGAGAUGACCCUGUCCAUUUUAAGGCAGACUGGUGGUUUAGGCAUCAGCAUAGCAGGGGGGAAAGGAUCUACACCUUACAAGGGUGAUGAUGAGGGUAUCUUCAUCUCUAGAGUUUCAGAAGAGGGCCCUGCAGCCCGUGCUGGGGUCAAAGUGGGAGACAAACUCCUUGAGGUAAACGGUGUGGACCUGCACGGAGCAGAGCAUCACACAGCUGUCGAGGCCCUGCGUAACUCGGGGUCAGCUGUGGUUAUGACUGUCCUGCGGGAACGCAUGGUGGAACCGGAGAAUGCCAUCACCACCACGCCACUACGACCCGAAGAUGACUAUUUCCCUCGGGAGAGACGGUCCAGUGGGCUUCCUUUCCAUCUAGAGCCUGGAUCACCCGCUGUUACCACUGGACCCUGUCAGCGACUAGCCACCUGUCUGAUCCGCAACGAUAAAGGUUUAGGGUUCAGUAUUGCUGGAGGGAAAGGGUCAACACCGUACAGAGUAGGAGACACGGGAAUCUUCAUCUCUCGUAUUGCUGAAGGAGGUGCUGCACACAGAGACAACGUCUUAGAAGUGGGAGACAGAGUCAUAUCAAUCAAUGGUGUAGACAUGACAGAGGCCAGGCAUGACCAGGCAGUAGCGCUGCUUACUGGCACCUCCCCCACCAUCACCCUACUGGUCGAUCGGGACCAGGCCAGUGCAGGGGGCGCCUCCCCUCGAACACGCCCUCAUUCCCCCCCUCCUCCAGAGCCGUCUGACUCACCUGAGCAAGAGGAGGGAGGUGAUGAGCUUCUGGGAAACCAUCUAAGCUGCCCCAUGGAAGAUGAGUACCCCAUUGAGGAAGUGACACUGAUUAAAGCAGGCGGUCCACUGGGUUUGAGCAUUGUUGGGGGUAGCGACCAUGCCAGCCACCCCUUUGGAAUCAAUGAGCCAGGAGUGUUCAUAUCAAAGGUUAUUCCUAAUGGAUUGGCCUCUCAGUGUGGGUUACGUGUGGGUGAUCGUAUUUUGGAGGUAAACUCCAUUGACCUGCGACAUGCCACGCAUCAGGAAGCUGUAAAGGCCCUGCUCUCCAACAAACAGGAGAUUCGUAUGCUAGUGCGCAGAGAUCCCUCGCCCCCUGGCAUGCAGGAGAUUGUCAUUAACAAGCUGCCUGGAGAAAAGCUAGGCAUCAGCAUUAGGGGCGGAGCUAAAGGGCAUGCAGGCAACCCCUUUGACCCCACAGAUGAAGGCAUCUUUAUUUCCAAGGUGAGCUCCAGUGGCGCAGCAGCACGAGAUGGGCGGCUGCUGGUAGGCAUGCGUAUUCUUGAGGUGAGCAACAACAGUCUGCUGGGUAUGACACACACGGAGGCAGUGAGGGUCCUGCGUGCUUCCGGUGAUUCCCUGGUCAUGCUUGUGUGCGAUGGCUUUGACCCCAAAAAUGUUGCUGGGAUGGAGGCAUCCCCUGGCAUUAUUGCAAAUCCUUUCGCCACCGGUAUUGUUCGUAAGAACAGCCUGGAAAGCAUCUCAUCAGUAGACAGAGACAUGAGUCCUGAAGAAAUUGACAUUAUGCAGAAGGAGGUGGAGAUGGCAAGAGAGACAUCACAAUGGGAACGGGAGGAGAUGGAAAAAGUGGAGCGUAUGCGCUUGGAGCGUGAGGAGGCAACUCGCUUGCUGGAGGAGGAAACUGAGAAUUUGAACACUGGACCAUUGAAACUGGACUACAAGACACUGGCAGCACUACCUACAACUAGUCUACAGAAAGUUAACAGAGCGUCUCCAUCUGAGCCUCCCAGGACUGACAGUCCUAUCCGAGAUGCCGGGUAUUCUCCAUACAACUCACAGCAGUCUCACAAAUCUUCCUCUGCGAUUCUUGGAAGAGAGGUUCGAUAUUCCAACAUUCAUUUCACCUCAAAUGGAAACACCAAGGAUAAUUCAUCAACUAGACCUGGUGCCAUCCAGCCUCUCUCUCGGGUUCGACCACCUGCGUCACCAGCCAGUCAGGAUGGCCACAGCAGUCCCAAUCCUUUCCAGCAUGGUCUCUCUCCCAUCAACUCCCAGACCACUCCUCGUGCCCCAUCCCCUGACACAUUUGAGGGAUUCCCCAUCAAUAUCAAGCAGGUAUAUAAGGCCUUCGCUGCUGUGCCUCACUCCCUGGCUGUACUGGAACCCCAACAGGAUCUGUAUGCUCAGAGGAACAACGUCAAUGCAAUGCACCCAUCUCCAGAGCCUCAGUUGAAUAAUGAGGUGUUUGAGGAUGAGGGUGGGGUUCCUCUUACCCCUCGUCCCUCCCUUACUGCUGAUCGCCGCGAGUACAGGAGCCUGGCAGCUGUGCCACGCCUGUCUCGCCCCUCAGUGGAGUUGAAGACGCCCCCCUCAUUGAACAGAGACAGCCCAGAACAGCGCUCCUUCAAAGACAGACAGAAGUAUUUCGAGAUUGAUGUGAAGCAACAGACUCCAGAGAGUAAACCCAAACCUCGGGUGUCACUGGUGGGAGAGGAUGACUUGAAGAAAAUGAAAGAGGAAGAAGCAAAGAUAAUUGAACAGAGGUCUCGAGAGUAUAUGAUGGAUGAAGAUGAGGAGGAUGAUGAGGAAGAUCUGGCUAAGCAAGUGGCAGAUAUGAAGGCUCGUGGAAAGGUUAUGCUAGAUGGUGUGGAAUACAAGGUCGAAAGCUUAGGAAGUCACGGUUCCCCAUCUCCGAGGCAGAGCGGCACACCUCCCAGCCACUAUGGCAGUUCAGGUCCCUCCUCUGUUGAUGGUAAAGGAGACUCCCAGCGGAAUUCUGUGGAAGAUGGAUUUAGAUUGGACCAGAGACCUAAUUCGAUGACAGGUUUGAUACCAGUUUACCCAAGUGAAUCUGUAGCCCCCAUUCGGACUGCAAAAGCAGAGCGCAGACUUCAAGAGCGACUACGCAUGGAAAGCCCGGAGCUUGCCAUCGCUAUGGACAAAGAGUUGUCGCCUGCUGAAAAAAGAGCCCUGGAGGCAGAAAAGAGGGCCAUGUGGAGAGCAGCCAGGCCAUAUGGUCUAGAGGAGGACGUAAGGCAGUAUGAGCAAGACCUGGCUAAGCGGCUCUACCAAUCCCGUGUGAGGGCAUCGCUAGGCAGUGCUGCAGCCCCUCCCACUUCCUGCUCCUCCUCUUCCUGUCAGCCCAGGAUGAAGUCUCUAGAGCAAGACGCUCUGAAGGCUCAGAUGGUCAUAGCCAAGUCUAAAGAGGGGAAGAAGCGUGGAACCCUGGAUCAGCUGUCAGAGUCGCCAUCUCCUGUCCCCACACCCUCUCCUACGCCCAUGGACGAUAUCAGUCCAAGGACAGUGACUUCACCAGGCAGACUGUCCCUGUCAGAAAAGAAGUUUGACUACCGACAAUUUGCUGCCAUUCCUUCUUCCAAACCCGUUUACGACAUUCAGACCCCUGGGGGAACAGAUGACUUGCGCUUCAUGGAUGAUGCCUCCAGUAAUCCUGUGUCUAUUUUAGAUGCAGAAGUUCCUAUGGCCACCACAUCGGCUCUAGAAGAGAUGGCUCUCUACAGUAAUAAGCGCAAACUACGACAGGGUCGCCGCAGCCUGGAGACCCCAGUGCCCACAUAAUCGCACAUUUACACACUAAUACAUUUGAACUGUGAAGAUAACACAAACACACACACACAUAGUGAUAAUCUAAUGCUCAGAUGUCACAUGUGACAUAGAAUGCUCAGCAUAUUAAACCACUGUUCUUUAUUGCCGACCACCACAACACCAGGAAGGCAGAUGAGCUGAUGGGCAAAAAGAAACACUAGUCAUGCCUUUUCGGUUGUUAUUGAAAAGGAUUUCUCAUAUUUGUUUAUAAAAGGUCCAGAGGGUGGCCAAUUCAUUAUUUGGUCACUAUAUUUGCUUUAACCCACCACUUUCUGUCUGUCAACAUUUUAGAAACAGAAUUAUUUUAAGAGAUGGAUUUCUUUUUAACUCUUUGAAAUCUGUUGACAAGAUGUAGAAAGACUGAAAAGGAGAUUAAUUUUUGGGAGAUUCAGUUUGAAGACGACAUACUGCUACCUUCACUGCCCCAUUCAAGCCCGACUUACACUUUUAUUGUUUUAAUUCAUAAUCAAAAGUUUUAUUCCUCUUAAAUGUAAUUUAUUAAUGUAAUAUACUGUUUUUAUCUAUGGGAAUCCAUAACAAGAGAAACAAAUUGUGGCACAUGUAUAUGCUGGUUAGUUGUGAUUUUGGGAUGAAUUAUGGAAUUGGGAGAUAUUUUUGCAUGCAGCAAUGACAAUGAGGCCUUGGCAUAAAGCUUUUCAUUUUAUAUCCAUAUCAGUUUGGGAACAUUUUUUUUUAAAGGUGCAAAUGAAUGUAAUAUUUUUGAAAGGUUGCAUCUGAACUUAUUUAAAGAGUCUGUUACAAACCUUUUUGUAAUUUGUAUCAUCACGCCAUAUCAUAAAGACUGGCCUACCAUAUGCGAGUAGCGUCAUUCUCCACCUGUUUAAUGAAUCUCUAGUCUUCCUUUUCUUGACUAGGAGAGUUAAAUGAACUACGUACUGGUUGUUUCUUAGCAAUCCUCUUGACCUCUGGCCUUCCUUGCUACGAUGUUGUACAUUCAUAUGUUAAGUCAUUCCCUUUGAUACAUGAGUUGAAAAUGUUAAAUUUUUCAAACACUCAAAUGUGAGAAUCAGUGGUAUCAUCAUUCGCCAGUCAUUGCCUCACAUGUCCGCAAAUGUAUGGUACCAUUUUACUUUUUUAGCACUGGGGGAGGGAGAUGUAAUCAACAUCUAUAAUUCUCACUCAUAUCUGUUUCUAUGCUGGUGUGUGAAGGUAGUAGAUGUUAUAUAUUUCUACAUUUAGCUAAAUUUUAACUGGUAUAAAAAAUGAAAGCCACUGAAAAUGCUCAUUGUGUGAAUAAUGUACAAAUGCAUAAAAAAGCAAAAAUCAGAGUUUAAUCUGAGCCUUUCUGCUCCAAGACCAAACUAAUGUCUGGAGGUGGUAGAUGUUUCUGGCAGGGUCUGGACCGAGUCAUCCCUGUGUAAAUAUUGGCUUAUUGCAAUUUUGCAAUUGUUCUUUCAGUCCUGUGGGAGGAAUACAACGAUUAUCCCUUCGAAUACAUUUUUUUUCUCAAACCAGUUCAGAUGACAGAUUAACAGUGACCCAAUGACCUUGUCAGUCUUAUAAAAUAGUUUCUAUUUUACUAAUCUUAGCUUUUGUGUUGCUCUCAUUGACUGAAAUUCAGUUUUUGGUUAAUAAAAGUUUGGCUGAUCAUUUUAUUUUUAGAAAGCAUAGUUUGAGGAGAAAGUUUGGUUUUCUGUAACCAGUGGGCUAAUGGGAUUCACUACAUUCUUACAUUAUCAGAGCAAAAGCGUUUGGUAUCUCAUUGUUUUCUUGAUUUAAUGUUGGGGAGGAUUUUGUUUGCUAAGUGGGAGGGUGGGACUGAAGGUUUGGGGAUCUAGCUCAUUCAGGACUGUAACUAGUGAAUUUGUACAACCAAAGAAGUCUAUUUUGUGGUUCAGGAAUAAUAAAGUUUACUUUUCAUUUAACAA